UUUGACCUACCAUAUUGCGCAUGCGUCAUUAAAAUUCACCCAAAGCAUUGUGGGAAGGAAGUGGCAAACAUUUUGGGACGAUAUGAAGAUGGUGAAACGCAAGAAGUCGCAAGUCUUGCUCGAUUCUGACAGCGAUGACAGCGGUAGCGAUGAAGAUUUAGACAAGGAGUGGUCCAAGCUGGCCAAGAGGAAGAGGAGUAGUCCUGAACCAGAGGAGAAACCAGCAGACCCUGCUCCUGUGUCUUCCGAGUCAGAGACAUCGGAUGAUGAUGAUGACUGGACCCUGGAUGGUAGUAAAAGUAAGAAGAAGGGCAAAGGCAAAGCAGGGAAAAAGCAGCAAAGACGAGCCCUGUCAGACAGCUCUGACUCAGAAAAGGACUCUGAACCUGAAGAAGGAGAGGUUUCGGACUCUGACAGUAGCAGCUCGUACAGUGGGUCAGACUCUGGAAGUGGAUCCGACAACGAACAGUUCAACGACGGUUAUGACGAUGACCUAAUGGGAGACGAUGAAGACAGGGCCAGGCUGGAGCAGAUGACAGAAAAGGAGAGAGAACAGGAACUUUUCAACAGAAUUGAAAAGAGAGAAGUCCUGAAGACAAGAUUUGAAAUCGAGAAGAAACUCCGAAAGGCAAAGAAAGAGCAGAAGAAAAAGAGGAGAGAGAAGGAGAAAAAACAGCGUGAAGAAGAGGAAGCUUCAGUCACGGCCACCCGGAGUAAGGAACGCAGGCGGACUGUCGACUCCAAGAAGGACAAGAAGUCUUUAGCCAUUGAAGAACUCAAGGCUCAGCGAGAGCAGAAACAGAAGAAAAGCCUGGUUCCUCCAGGAGAGUGGACUGAUGAAGCUCUGCAGGCGAAGAAGCCACCCCUGAAGGCCAGUGAUGUGUACAGUGAUGAUGAUGACAGUGACAGUAGCUCUGAUGAGUCUGAGGUCUCCAAGAGCGAUGCUUCCUAUGCUGUAUCUGAUCAGGAAGAGGAAGAGACAGAGAAGCGACCCCAGAUGAUUGGUAGCAAAGACGACAUCAACCGAAUCCGACUUUCCAGACACAAGCUAGAGAGAUGGUGCCAUAUGCCAUUCUUCAAGAAAGCAGUUGCCGGCUGCUACGUAAGGAUCGGCAUUGGGAAUCACAACGGAAAACCUGUCUACAGAAUUGCAGAGAUCAUUGAUGUUGUGGAGACGGCCAAAGUAUACCAGCUGGGCAGCACUCGCACCAAUAAGGGGCUCAGACUCAGGCAUGCAACAGAUGAGAGAGUUUUCCGCCUGGAGUUUGUCUCCAACCAGGACUUCACUGAGUCAGAGUUCCUCAGGUGGCGAGAAGAGAUGAUGACUAAAGGCUUCCAACUGCCUUUCAUGGAUGAAGUUGACUCCAAAUACAAUGAUAUACAGCGAGCACUCAAGUAUGAUUUCAAGGAGGAUGACAUAGAGGCCAUUGUUAAAGAGAAGGAGAGAUUCCAGAAGUCACCAUACAACUUUGCCAUGAAGAAAACAGCCCUGAUGAAAGAAAAGGAGAUGGCAGAGGCAACAGGAGACACAGAUAAAGCCAAGGUGCUGACAGACAAGCUGGAGGAGCUAGAGGAGAGGGCUGAGGAGUUGAACCGUCUCCGCCAGAAAAACAUCUCAGCCAUCAGCUACAUCAACCAGCGUAACCGAGAACGCAACCUGGUCCAAGCAGAGGAGGCAUUUAAGACAGAGAUGCAAGAACUCAGAACCCAGAAGAUGGACUGUUUCCGCCGGAGAAACUGCACCCCAACCAUCAUCAGCAAGGGAAGGGAUCCAGCUAUGUCUGCAAAAAUUGUUCAGAGAUUGAACGAGAUCUACGGUGGUGACCAAGGCCUGCAAGGACCUAACCAGCGGCCUGCUGUCCACCCUUCCACCUCACAGGAACAGCUCCAGGAGAUGCCACAGCUGGCCAAGUCGGAGGUCGACGGGCCAGCGGGCACGGAGAACAAACCAGGGGAGGGCGACCACUCCGAGGACCUGUUUUCUGCUCACGACUUUGACAUCAAGAUUGACCUCGACCUACCAGAGAAGGCUACCCGGCCCAUCAACGUGACCAAGGGAGUGGGACCUCCGAAGGAUGGCGCACCCAAACGGUCGCUCAAUCUGGAAGAGUACAAGAAAAAACGAGGAUUAAUUUGAAACAAGCCUUCGGUAGAUCAAGGCUUAAAACACUUUUGAAUCUUCCAAUAGGCCACAUAUAUUUGUCCCAAGUGCGAUUUUGUUAGCUGCAAUUGCUAUCAAAAUAAUUGUCCUUACUUGAUUCUGAGUGAAAACAGUUCAAAACUGGAUUUAUUAAGGAGUAUGACUAUCAAAGUUUACGUGUCAAUGAUAAUAUGUAAGCAGUGACCUAAAUUUUGUGGUUGUAAAACAAAAACGAUGACCCAUACACUUACCCAAGUUUUAUGAUAGUGUGCUUGGACGAUGAGAGCUUAAGACCUUGAAGCCUAUAUCGUAGUGUGACGUGCUCUUUAUUCUGACUUGUAAAGUGUAUUUGUAUCUGGAAGGUAAAAGAACGUCUUUUGUACUCACUUAAGCAUUUUUUUCUGUAUAAAUGCAAACGUUAUACACAAUAGUUACAGCUAUCAUCCCAGACAAUGUAAAUAUAUAUCAUUAAGUGAAAACUUGUUAUUUUGUCUUGACUCAACAAUGUAUCUUGAAAUGGGUGACCUUUACUUAAGGAAAAUGUACAGAUGACAUUGGGGUGUUUUUUUUGUAGUGCUAAAAGCAUGCGGUGGUUGUUAAUUGUAGCCCAACUACCAGAUGUGAGUAUGAAGUAGCAAUUGAUGUACAUUCGCCUCCAUAUGUCCCUACAUGAUCCUGGAUCUGCACAAUGCUUUAAGUUGUAUUGGAGUUCAGUAGUUUAAAUUAAAGGUUUGGUAACUGUUA